CCCAUAUCCGCCAUCUUGAAUUUAGUAUUGUGCCAGUCGGGGGGGCGGUGACAUAUUUUUACCCGUCAUCGUCGUAAUUUUGUGAAUUUGUUGGAAAAACGCGAAAAUAAGUGUCGUUACGUCGUGUAAAUAGUUUAUGUCAGGACUGAACGUGAGGAUGGCGGGUCAGACUAUAAACGAUAGGCUUUUGGCCGCCCGCCACAGCAUCGCCGGGCAGGGUUUAGCUAAAUCCGUUUGCAAAGCUACUACCGAAGAAAUGAUAGCGCCCAAAAAGAAACAUUUAGAUUAUCUAGUCCACUGCACAAACGAGCCCAACGUGUCGAUACCACAGCUCGCCAACUUGCUGGUAGAGCGCACACAGAACACCAACUGGGUGGUGGUGUAUAAAGCUCUAAUAACUGUACAUCAUCUACUAGCAUAUGGGAAUGAGAGGUUCACACAAUAUCUAGCGUCGAGUAAUUCAACAUUUCAACUUAGCAAUUUUCUAGAUAAAAGCGGUGUACAAGGCGCGGCCGGUGCCCGGAUUGGAUAUGACAUGUCCCCGUUCAUCCGGCGGUACGCCAAGUACCUCAAUGAGAAGGCGCUGUCCUACAGGACUGUGGCCUUUGACUUCUGCAAGGUUAAAAGGGGUAAGGAAGAAGGAUCCCUCCGUAUGAUGAACGCGGAGAAGUUGCUGAAGACGCUGCCAGUGCUGCAGGCGCAGCUGGACGGUCUACUGGAGUUCGACUGCACCGCUAACGAUCUCACCAAUGGAGUCAUCAACAUGUGCUUCAUGUUGCUCUUUAGAGAUCUUAUCAGAUUGUUCGCAUGCUACAAUGACGGCAUCAUCAACUUGCUGGAAAAGUACUUCGACAUGAACAAGAAGAACUGCCGCGAGGCUCUCGACCUCUAUAAGAAAUUCCUCAUCAGGAUGGAUAGGGUCGGAGAGUUCUUAAAGGUGGCAGAGAAUGUGGGUAUAGACAAGGGAGACAUCCCCGACCUGACCAAAGCCCCCAGCAGUCUCCUGGAUGCCCUGGAGGGUCACUUGGCCUCCCUUGAAGGCAAGAAGGGCUCCGCUGCCAAUACUCCCACACAAACCGCUAGCGCCCAAAAGAACGUAGCAAGCGUGAUGGGCGCUCUAUCUUCCACAUCAUCAUCGUUCGGUAAUGCGGCCGCGUCCACUCGGUUGGACAACCAGCCCAAUGGGGCCUCGCCACUCUUCAUAGACGACACCCUCAAGCAACAGGCCUUAGCUGAGGAGGAGGCCGCUAUGAACCAGUAUAAGGUUCGCUUGUACCAAGGGGAAGAAUGGACAGGCGAGGAGGAUAUUUCUGAGAUAGUAAAUAAGGUGCAGUCUCCGACGAAUGCGGCUAACAACCCGUUCUUGUCGUCUGCGCCAAGCCAGACUCAGUCUAUUGUGGACUUGUUUGGACCUACUCCAGCUGAUACGGCUAGUACAACCAGCAAAGCUUCCGAUGAUCUACUGUCGCUUGGAAACCCAUUCGCUGAUAAUAUGUUUGGAGCGGCGCCGGUGACGAGCACGCCGAUGUGGCCACAACAACAACAACAACAACAACAACAGCCGAGCAACGGCUUCGCGGCCUUCCCGCCUCAGCAACAGAACAACUCCUUUGUGUCCGAGGCUAACUUCUCUAACGUUUUCGAUAACACUGAUUCCGCAGGACAGCAACCACAGCAGCAACAAGGAAAGGUGUUGACUGGUGAUUUGGACUCUUCACUUGCCCAGCUGGCCAACAACCUAACCAUCAAUAAGACAGCCACAGCACAAAAACCGAUGCAGUGGAAUUCGCCGAAGAACGCGUCGAAACCCGGCCAGACGUGGACGCCGCAACCAAUGCAAGCGACCACAGGAGCUGGGUACAGACCAAUGGGCCCAGGCAUGACACUCCCACCAAUGCCCCAUACUAUGCCCCAUGCAUAUCACCCCCCGCAUUAUCUUAUGCAACAGCCAGGCAUGGUAAUGGGCAUGCAAGGAGCGCCUAUGAUGCCGAUGGGCAUGGCUCAACCGAUGCGACCCGCCGUGCCGCCGCAGCCUACCACCAACCAAUUCAGUUAAGCACCACCUUUAUUACUUAAAGGUUUACGUUUUUUACAAAACCCGACUGCUCAUUACACUUUUAGAACAUGGGCUACGCUACAGCCAUAGCGGUCCUAUAAGAUAAGAAGAUGCCAGUAUAAUAAAUUCGAUAUAAUAGCAAAAAAUAAAGUAUUCAUCUAAUUAGUCAAAUUUAUCCAAGUAUAGUUUUAUUAUUAUUGUAAUAGGUUAUUAUUGGAAUUGAAAUUAUGGUAGUCUUUUUUUGUUUUGUUUUUUUCGAGCUCAAUUUAUAUGAAUUUAUUUUAACGAAGAAAUUUAAUGAAUGUCUUAGUUUUAAGCCUUGUUACUCAAGCUAAUAUAAUAAUUAUACAUUUUAUUUGUUAGUUACUUCUACUUCUAUAAAUUUCUUCCUGUCUUCUUCUUUAAGGUGAAAAUGCUUGAUUAUUUCAAGUGAUACGGUGUAAAGCAGUCGGGUUAUCUAUGUCAUGUCAGCUGACGUGUGAUUGGUAGGUUCUACUUUAUAAGUGCACCGUUUAGUUGCGAAUUUGAAUAGAACUUACGCCCUCAACAUACGUUCAUUAUGAGUUUAAGAUUGCCAGUCGAAAAAACUAGUUGUUGCAAAGUUACCCGUAUUAUUGAUAUUUUGGUGUGAAAAUGAUAGAAUGGACAUAGAUCCUUGAAAUUAAUACACCAGUUUUUGUUUGUAUAAUUAAUAUUGAAUUGAGACAAAAUUAUUGCAAUUUUUAUGAAAUACAUUUGGUUAAAUCCAAACGAUUAUGAUUAUGAAUACUUGGUUUUGUGUAGAAACUGAUACGAUUAUGUACCUAUAUUAAUUAAUUAUUAUUUCGAUGAUUUCUUAUGUUAUUUUUUAUUCAAUAAACUUUGCGUUAUUUAUCUUAUGAAUCAUGAAAUAUCUUAUGAAAAAGGUGCGCAAGAUUAUUAUUAUUUUUUUCAAAAUUAUACACAUCACAUUCCAAACUUGUACAAAGUGAAAAAUAAUUUAUUAUGAGGUACUCUUUAACUUAGCUUAUUACCUACCUUUGGCAUAGUCAGUAUUUAUGAAUUGGAAUUGAAGUGAGUUCUAGUUUUUUUUUAAUUUCUUUUCAGUGUUGAGCUAAAAGUGUUAUAUUUACUUUCAGCAUCGGAUGCAUAAAUAAAUAUAAUGAAAUCAUAUAGUUGUACUGGUUAGACGUCACAUAGACACCCUAAAUAAUAUUAUUCUGUAACUUGAUCCAUAUAUUAUGUGUAUAAAAAUAAAUACUUGCAUAUUUAGUCAUAAAUUAAGCAAGCCUACGUGUUUUGAACGGGAAUGUAAUUUUACUCCGAAUCCAUUGUUUGGGUGAAAAUGCAAAUUAAAGUUCAACAAUACAUAUUUCCAUAUCCUCCAGUUAUGUAAAAACUGUAUUUGUCAUAUAGUAUAUUAUGUAUAGAGGGUUAUGCAUUAGAUUGUUAUAACAUUAGAUGUUACGGGUGUAUAUUAUAAAUGUAUGGCUGUUGUGGAUAUAUGAACUAGGUGCUUGCUAUAUUAGGCCCCAUUGCACGAUCUAAACUUUAACACUUAUGAAAAAAUAUCUAAAAAAUCUUAAGGUCAUGUCUAAUGGGACCCAAAAUUCGCUAUGGACAAUCUUUAAUGCUCCAAAUCGAAGCUCGUUUUGGUGUGCUAAAUUGUCAUUUCAUAGCAAUGCAAAAUUAUGAAAAAGAAAUUGGAUAUUGCCAAAUAUAUCGGAACAUAAGUCUACGCCCUAUCUUUAUAUAGUCUUAACAGUUAAUAGCAAUACUUUGUACAAAUGUAUUAUUUAAAGAAAAGAAAAACCGUUCGCUUCUUGUGAUAUUUCAUUUCUAAAGACUGCAAUCCAAUAUUUUGAAGUAUUAAAGUAUGGUUUAUUUUUAUGAAUGUUUUCUUAAAUCCAACGUUUGGACAAAGUAUUGUAUAAAACGUUGCCAUCGUUAACUCGUUCAUAAUAAAAUUACAAAACAUACGGAACACCCGUAGUUUUCGUAUGGCAACACUGUCAAUGUUGCUGCACUUUAAUCAGUGUUACUUAUAAAAUAUAUAUUCACAGGUACAUGUAGAUGUAUAAACAUGAUAAUUAUGUAUUUUAGAAUAAACGCAAAAUAUAAUAUUUGAAUAGCUCAGCCGUGUGAUUUAAUGGUGUAUGUAAAUAUAGAAGUUGCAUAGUACACAGUGCUAAUUUAAACCCUUUACGUUACUUCAGCUAGCUUAUUCCACUAAGGCCAGUGACCGUCUUUAUUUUGUUAUUACAAAAUUGAUUAUCAGUUCUACUGCUAAAGUCAGAUGGCACAGCACUUAUUAUAAGAAAGUCUUCAUCCCAGUCCCUUCCCAUCUGGUUUUAGUUGUAUUUCGCAGUACAGGCUGGCUUUCUAUGCGUGUUUUAGUGAGCAAUGAUAAAGCUAAAUGUUAGGCUAGUUUGAUUAUCCAAAUUAAUGAUAUAUGAUAUCAUUUGCAAUAUGAUUCAGAUCUGUGAAUUAUUUCAUCGCUUGAAAUGAUUGUUAAUAUUUAUGUGCAAUAUUUUUUCUUUUAAAAUUUUAUUCAUGGCAACUCUGAUGUUGGAAUAAUCUGUUAUCGUUAAUGUGUACAACAUUUUAAUCAGAAGUUUGCUUAAGCACAUUAACAGCAGUGUUCAUAUAAUUUACAAGUAUUAUGAUUUGAAUAUAUUGACAAAGAAAUUCCAGUGGUUUUGUAGAGGAGUUCAGUUGGCCAUACUUUACUUCUUAGAUGGAUGCUGUGAUGUCAGGUGGAUUCGACUGACUUAUUUGAAAUAGGUGGGAUUCGCUCUUAGUUAACACUAUAAGUUUCUUUUUAUAAGAGAAUACUAGUUAAACCACAAUUUUGAAAUUAGUUUUAGUACUCAUAGCGGCCUUUAAAUUUUAUAAGUUGUAAAUUUUAUUCAUUUAUUUUUAUCAAUGUACCUACUGAGUUACGUUUUUAUGUAAAUACCCCCCUUCUAUGUUAUUUACUAGCUCUGUCUUUAGAUAUUCAAUUUAGUUUAU